AUGACCGAUAUUAUUAAUACUCGCAGUGCGGCUUUAGUUAGCCAAAACGAUUUCAUUGACGAUACUUUGGUCGAAGAGUCCAUUGCUAGUUCUUUGGAUUCGCAAAAGGGUGAUUCAACGAGGAAUGAUGAUGACACUCUUACCGGUAGUAUGAAUGUGACGGAUAGUCUGGCUGCAAAAACCGACGGAGGUUCGAAUGAUGACGCAAACCAGAAUAAAAUCACCACAGAUUCACAAGAGAUUGACGCUCGUGCUUUCAAAUCGCAAUUUGAUGAGAUCUCAAAUGCAUCAAGGUUAUUAGAAAAUGCCAAAUUGACAAAUUUCAAUAAUCGGUACAAUGGUUUGGUUGGUCAGGCUACCUUAACGAAUCAUUUACCGUUGAGAAGAACGAACGGUGAUCCAACUGGGCCUUUUCACUCACAUCAGAGAUCCAACUCUCAUCCGCACCCGUUAUCCUAUACAGGUCGUCAACACGUUUUGCAGCAUAAGCGUAGCGCUUCAUCAAUUUCCGGCUUAUCAUUUAAUGGAUCGUACUCUAAUUCCAACCCCAGUCCUUAUUACUCUGGUCGAAGCACCUUGAACUCCAUGCCCACUACUCCUUUGGGUUUUAGUCCUUAUGAGCACGAUGAAUAUCUACCGCUGAGAUUGCAUCAUCAGUUGGGAGAAUUGAACCCCGACAAGAAUGCCUUUGGUGAAAUUGAUGACGAUGGGUCAAGAUUAAAGACCUUGAGGGAUCUGAAUAAUAAUAGAUACGAUGUUGAUUUGGACUGGGAUAGUUCGCCAACGUCAUCAACUCCCGGUGGUUCAUUUGCCGCCUGUAUAACUCCCCCAUCAAAUUAUUCCACACGUUCAAGUACUCCUUAUUUCGCGCAGUCGCAUAUGUUACUGGAUGACGAUGAAUUACUGGAAAAGCAAUUACUUCUGGAGGAAGAACAAAAGCUCUUAUCCUUUCAAAAACAAAAAUUAGAUAAUGCCAUCAAUCAAUUGCGCUAUCACAACAACGAUCCAAAUUUGAUGGAAUCAAAGUUUAAGUAUCUCCCUUCUCCUCCAAGGCCAAGACCAACUACGCCUUCUUCAAGAAAGCAACCUCCAAGGAACUUAUUGAUCCCUCCUAGUUCUCAACAACCUUCCACACCUCCAAGAUUUCAACACAACAAUCAAGAACCAAUUGGUACGCCCCUUAGAAAAAUGAAUAACAACGGUAUUGGAACAAAUCCCUCGACACCGUUAACACCAGCUUCCAUCCCGGAACAUCAUUCUUCGUUCUCCUUAUUCUCUAAAUCACCUGUUCUUUCGUUGAAUCAUGCCUUCUCGCCGAAAGUGAAAGAAUAUGAUGUUAAGGCUUCUGAUGGAUUACAUGGAGGUUUUCCUUUGACUCCGGCUGGCACUCCACCGAAAAAUGAUGAAAGCGAGGGUUACUUUUUCGGUUCUCACUACUUAAAUCCUGGAAAUAGUUAUCAUGCGACAAACUCGGUAAGGUCUCAACAAAAACGCGAUUCCGAUAAUCAUCACCGCAACGGUGCUCUCCUGUCUCCAAACUAUUAUCCAAGUUGCACGCAAUUCCCAGCUCCCCAGUUCCCAUCCCAACACACUCCAAGCUCGCCCGCCGGAUAUCCCGUACGCGCAACAUUAUAUUCGUCACCUGUUGACGAACGUGAUGAGGAUGUUUUGUCGUGGACCAAUGAUGCUUUCGAAAAACUACCCAUAAAAUAUGCAUCGGCUGCCAGAAAUAACGUAUUUCCAGCGAAUGACGAAAGUGGUUGGGAGAGAUCUGUGAAAAUUGAAAACAAAUUGCACCAAAAAUUUCAUGAUGUCCCGUCAUCUGUGAUGACUUCCUCCAAUGUUAACGGCUUCACGAACGGGCUUAUGGAAACUGUCGCUUUUGGUAACCAUAGAAAUGGUUUCGAAUUAGAAGUUGUGUAA